AUGGCUGAAUUCACAGAAAACUUUCAAAAUAUUAUUAGACCCUCUUUUCCUUUUCUUGAUUCUGAUCAAAGCAUGGAACUUUUGAAUCAAUUCAUGGAGAAUUCUAACAUGAACAUGAUGCAGAAUUUGAUGCCUUUUUCUUGUGACAACAGCAUCUUGGAACAUCAUCAACAACAACAUCAUCAACAAGAACAAGAACAAGAACAAGAACAUGUGUUUCCAAGAAACAUGGAAGAGAAUUAUAAUGGUCUUGUUCAUCAUCAUCAUCAUGUUAAUAAUCACGACAAUGCAGUUCAAGUUUCACUUCAAAAUUUUCAAGAAGAAAAUAAAGAUAUUCAUGAUGGUGGUAAAAAGAGGAAAAUGAUGGAUUUUCAAGAGACUAGUUCGGCGAAUUCAACUCCUGCAGUUUCUGAAACUGGAAGCAAAACCAAACUUUGUGGUGGAAGAGGGAAAAAAGUGAAAAGCUAUGAAACAGAAGAAGAAAAAGCAAAGGAAGUUGUUCAUGUUAGAGCAAGAAGAGGUCAAGCUACUGAUAGUCACAGUUUAGCAGAAAGGGUUAGAAGAGGAAAAAUCAAUGAGAAAUUGAGAUGCUUGCAGAAUAUUGUUCCAGGAUGUUACAAGACCAUGGGAAUGGCAGUGAUGUUGGAUGAAAUCAUAAACUAUGUUCAGUCAUUGCAGCAUCAAGUAGAGUUUCUUUCAUUGAAGCUUACUGCAGCAAGUACUUAUUAUGACUUCAAUUCAGAGGCAGAUGAUUUAGAAACAAUGCAGAGAGCAAGAGCAUCUGAGGCAAAGGAAUUAGCAAUGUAUAAGAGAGAAGGAUAUGGUGGAAUUUCAUGCUUUCAACCAACUUGGCCACUUUGA